AAUGUCGCAUGAUGAUGACUUUCACGAAAAGAUUUCACUCUGGAUGUUAUUUCAACAUUUAUUAUGACGCUGUGGACCCACUAGAAUCUCCAAGACCCUCUCAGAAGCUGUGGACCCACUAAGUGGUGUAAUACUGGUGUCAAAGCUGCCGUGGGUCAAAUAAUUCUCCUGUUUUGAUAUACAUUGAAGAUUUUUUUGGGCUGUAUUUAAAUUUAAGUCUUACCCAAAUUAUGAUGAAAUAAAACCGAAGUGUGUGAAAGCUUCAAUCAUACAGUAGAAUACAUUGAUUUUGGCAAGUUGUCAUUGUUUGAGAAAUCUGUUGCUGUUGGUCGUAAUUGUCACUUUUACGGUAGUCGUGGUACUCGUCCACAGUGUCGUUACGGCAGAGGAGCGUGCUUAACGGCACCGUUUCUUCAAUGCGCGCUGCAGAAACUCCCCCUCACCAACUUUCGCAACUAUGCGGUUAUUUCCAAUGAGGCUCUCACUGCUCGCACCCGUCCUACUUCUUCUGUCACGAGCAAACGUCAUUCCAGCGGAGGUAAGCAUCAGGAAGCCCAACAUUGUUCUGGUGAUGGCAGACGACUUAGGAAUCGGCGAUGUGUGUUGCUACGGCAACAACACCAUCAGGACCCCCAAUAUAGACAGGUUGGCAUCCGAAGGGGUGAAACUGACUCAGCACAUCACGGCGGCCCCACUCUGCACCCCGAGCCGAGCCGCUUUCAUGACUGGGCGCUACGCAGUCCGCUCAGGGAUGGCAGGGUCAGGCGCAGUACAGGUGAAUCUUUUCCUGGCGGGUUCUGGCGGGCUUCCACCCAAUGAAACCACCUUUGCCAAGAGGUUGCUGCAACAAGGGUACACCACUGGCCUUGUUGGUAAAUGGCACCUAGGCUUGAACUGUGAGCGUAGAGGGGAUCACUGUCACCACCCCAAUCAGCAUGGCUUCACUUUCUUCUACGGCCUUCCUUUUACCUUAUUCAACAGCUGCAUUCCGGGAUUGGAGACAGACAUCUUGUCCUGGUUGCAGAAUGCGCUCGAAAAGCUGUCCUUGUUGUUAGCGGUUGGACUUUUCACAUUGGUAUGCGUUCGUGCUGGUGGCCUGGUGGAAAUCAGUGCGCGGCUUUUGGUGGCGCUCUUCUUGUUGGGAGUCAUUGCCGUUGCAGUAUGGUACAUUCCCUUUGGAUUUCUGCCCUGGUGGAACUGUAUCAUCAUGAGGGAUCAAGAGGUGGUGGAGCAGCCCAUAACAAUGGAGACACUGCCCCAUAGGUUGCUGACGGAAGCGCAGCGGUUUAUCCAAAGGAAUGUUCAUCAUCCGUUUCUUCUGUUUUUCUCUCUGGCUCAUGUCCACACGCCACUCUUCUGCGCGCCACCGUUCGCUGGCAGAAGCCGCCACGGUUGCUAUGGUGAUGACGUGGAAGAAAUGGACUGGAUUGUCGGUGAACUUACCAAGACCGUGGAUUCAUUGGGCCUGACUAACGACACUUUGAUAUACUUCACAUCAGAUCAUGGUGGACACCUCGAAGAUUCUCUUCCGCUGAUUGGCCAAAGAGGAGGAUGGAAUGGCAUUUAUCGAGGUGGGAAAUCCAUGGGCGGCUGGGAAGGCGGCAUCAGGGUGCCAGGAAUCUUCCGCUGGCCGGGCAGACUACCAGCUGGGCGAGUGGUGGACGAACCCACCAGCCUUAUGGAUAUCUACCCUACACUGAAACAUUUGGCUGGGGAUUUCCAACUGGACAGACACUUAGAUGGUCACAACCUCAUGCCACUGUUGGAAGGGAAGGUGUACCGAUCAGAGCACGAGUUCAUGUUUCAUUACUGUGGCAGUCACCUUCACGCAGCACGCUGGCACCCUCCAGACAGUGACUCCAUCUUCAAGGUGCACUUUGUCACCCCAAACUUCUUCCCCCUGGGAGCCGUGGGAUGCUACGACACACAUAUCUGCCUUUGUCACGGCGACCAUGUGACGCGCCACGACCCGCCUCUUCUCUUUGACCUUUCCAGAGACCCCUCAGAGUCGCGUCCCCUCAGCCCCGACACAGAGCUGCGCUAUGGCGAAGUCCUCCAUCGGGUUGCUGAAGCCGUGGAGGUACAUCAGCGCUCCUUGACAGACGAGCGACCGAACCAGCUUACCAUGGAGAAGAUUUUGUGGAGGCCCUGGCUUCAGCCCUGUUGUGGAACAUUCCCAUUCUGUGCCUGCAAGGAAGACUCAAGGACAACAGGUUGGUCCUCAGACUGUCCAGGAACUCAGUGAUGUGCUGGUCCAGAUCUGGGUGGAAAUCCCUCAGGAGAACAUCCGCCACCUCAUCAGGAGCAUGCCAAGGCGUUACAGGGAGGUCAUACAAGCAUGCAGAGGCCAAACACACUACUAAGCUUUAUUUUGACUUGUUUAAAGGACAUUACAUCAAAGUUGGAUUAGCCUGUAGUAUGUUUUUCCAAUUUCAUUUUGAGUAUAAAUCCAAAUCCGAACCUCCAUGGGUUGAUACAUUUCAUUUUCAUGGAUAAUUUUUGUCUGACUUUGUUGUCAGCAUAUUCAGCUAUGGAAAGAACAAAGUAUUUAAUAAAAAUAUUUCAUUCAUUCAGAUCUACAACGUGUUAUGUUAGUGUUCCCUAUAUUUUUUUGAGCAGUAUAUUAGGCCAGAUGGGCGUUCUGCUGGAAGGUUGUAAUUUACAGUGUUUGCCUUAAGAGGGCAGAAUGUGACUGGCAAGUUUUGCAACGACAAGAGAGGGGGGGAGUGUCUGAUAAAUACAACAACAUUAAUGCCUAAAUUGACAGUAGUACAUGAUAUAGCCUUGAUCACUGUAGGGCAGGGGUCCCCAAACUAUUCUACAUCGGCCAGCAGUGUGUGCUGGAUAUCUUUCCAACAAAACAGGACGACACCUUUGCACCAAUCUGGUGCCUUACAAGUGUAAUCAGUUUAUUGUAGUCAGGUGCUGCUUGUUUUAGCAGAAACCUCAUUGGUUAAACGGGUUGUGCUCGAUAGGUUGGAACAAAAACCAGGACUUAGUUUGGGCACCCCUGCUCUAGGGUCUGUGAGAUCCAUGUUAGCUCACUGGCUGCCACGGACAGCGGUAGACGAGAGGUCCAAUCCAAAUGAAUUGGUUAUCGAUCGUCAAGGGCACUGCAACAUUCACUAAUGAAUGCUAAUUUAAAAUAUGACAUGUAAAGAGCAUGGAGCAUCUUUCAAGAGGCUGCUAUUUUAGUGGGUAUGACAAAUAAUUUGGCCCUAUGAAUUCUCCCUAGCAAUUAGUGACCUGGCUAAACAGUCUGAGCUUUUCUGUUGCUUCAUGUUUCUGUUUACUGAUUUGAAUUUGUUCUUUUAAAAUUUUAAUCUUAAAUGCUUUGAUUGCACUUCAUGAAUUCCACCUAGCAAGAAGGGACUGGGCUAUUGCGUAACGCCUUACAUUUUUCUUUUUGUGUCUACUAGAUUUCAUUUUAUCUGUGACAUUUGAUAAUGAUUAAAAAGGAUUUACGUUGCUGUUGCUAGUCUAUCACACAUUUGAGUGGGCCUGUGGGGCAGAUACACCUUGACCCAAUGUUUUCCACCUAGCAAUAAAUUGACCGGAAAUGCUAUUUGAGCAUACCGAGUGUGUUCACUUUUUUUUUUUUAUUGAGCGAAUGAUUGUAAUUCAUAAUUGUUUUCAUCUUACUUUUUUGUAACAAGUGCCUUAAAACCUCCCAGUUUCAAUGAAUGCAACACCUAUUAAACUCAUGCGUGAAAUAUGCUUGUCAGCAAGUAGAUAGGAUGUGGGGAAAAACUUAAUGAAGUAUACAUUUAUCAUAAAUUAAUGUUUUUCAAAGUUUUAACAGCAGAUAAAAAAUGUGUGCGCCAGUGCUUAUCAAAAUCAGGUAUGUGUGUAACUUUCUACAUUCCAACAUUAAGAUUGUGCAUUGAUAUAAGAAAUUGGAAACACAUUAACUCGUUGGCUUCCGUCAACAGCAGCCAAUAAGUUAAACAGUAUUUGGAUUAAAAUGUGAUAUUUUAUUUUGAGAGCAGAAGAUUUAUGAUUUUUUUUUUUUUUUUUUAAAUGCAGCUUUCCAUACUCAUUAAGGUACAGACACCUAUCUGCAUUAUUGACACUGCACUUUGCUCUGUCUGUAACAUACGCAAACUCCCCGUUUCCCUUGUUUUGGCCUGGGUCAGCAUUGGAAUUUUCAUUGAGUCUCUCUCAGCAAGUGGAGGACUCCAGAAAGCUAGGGUGGAUAUAGUCCCGAUGGGCUCGUAAGAAUCCCCCCGUGGCUCUCCAUACUGUAUCUUCCCCAAUAAAAGACUGUAAAGACUGUGUGAACCUCUCCAGCCUCAGUGUCAUCAUUCAUCAUCAUCAGCACUUGGCCUGUCUCCCUCCAGCAGUGGCUGACUGUCAAAACAUCAGAGUUGGCUGCAGCAGAAGCCAAUAAUUGCUCUCCUUCCCAUCCCCGAUCUCCUCCUUUUUCUCCUCCACCUCCAACUGCUCUCUUCAUCUAC